AUGCCCGCCAAGUGCUCUCAGUUUAUUCUGAGGCUUCUGCCGCCUACUGCUCUUCAGCCAAACAGCCCUGGCAGGGCUGGAGUUUCGGGAGGCCAGCCUGGGGGCUGGCCGGGGGCUCGGGGGCCCCCUGGGGGGCCCCCGAGGAAUAACGCCACGGGGGACUGUCGGUGUCCAGCGACAAGGGUGGCCUGCGCAUUACCGCCCGUCAACAAGGUGCUCCUUAUCUUACAGCGAGACGGGCAGAGGAAGAUCUUGGGGGAAAGAGAGUGUCUCCGCGAGCUGCACAUCCCGCAGCGCAUGGACCUGCAGGAGGGCCUGACGGGGCCCCUGCCGGUGACGCAGGGGGAGCUGCUGCAGUGCCUGGCUGCUGCCCACAGCCGCCGCACUGCGGAGCAGGCGGGGGGGGGCCCCCUGGGGCCCACAGGCCGCAAGUAUGCAGCUCGGGCUGUUUCCUCUUUGCCCACGUUGUCCACGCGGGGCCAGAGACACAAGCUGGUGUCGGCGCAGCUGGAGGCGGAGAUCACUUUGAAUCUGCAGCGCGUGGCUUCGAGGGCCUCCGAGGGUCUCUUCUCUUCUGCUGCAGACCCGCGGGAACGGCUCGCGGAGGCCGUGGGAGACCCCUCGCUGCUCUAUGCUGGCGAGCUGCUGGAGGUGGCGGAGGGGGACAACGGCAGUCCCCAGACUGCAGCGCAGCAGUGCGCCUUCAUCGAGCUGCAGCGCCUGAGCCAGUACUGGGCGGAGGGCAUGUUCCCGGAUGCCUGUGGCGACGAAGGCACAGCAGCAGCAGCAGCAGCAGCCCACCCCACAGGCCUUUCUUCUCCGCCCAGCCCCCCCCACUCCGUGGUCUCAGCCCCGGGGAGGGCCCCCGCGCCCUGCAGACUCACCCGGACGCGCAGCACCCCCUGCCCCUUCCCCGCUGCCGCUGAGGCCCCCAGCGGCCCCGACCCGCUGCAGCCCCUCUUCACCCCUCCUCUGGGGGGCAAAGCUGGAGAGGCCUGCACAAAGCAGACUGGCUAG